UAAUUUGGCCUUACACCAAAGUGGAGAAAUAAAUAUUUAGAAAGUGGAGAAAUGAUACAUCAAAAUUUAUUUGUUAGUCAAUUCUUAAAUGAUUUGUUGGAUGAGUUUUUUUUUUUUUUAAUUAAUAUUGAAUGUGAAUGAAAUUGCAAAUAUAAGAAUAUGUGUACCAAAAUAUAAACAGACAGAUCAAAAUGACAACCUCGUCCACAUAUGCACAUUUUUAUGUCCGUGGCCUAACACAAACCUCUUUGUUAAGGUCGGUCCAAAUAUUUCCAGAGACUUAAGUGAAAAUGAAAAUAUUGGCUUCUUAAGAAAUGAAAUUGAUAUUUUUAUUAUCAACUAUAAAUGGUUCAUAAUCGUUUUCCAAGAUCAAAUAUAAAAAUAUAACUUUAAUUUAUAAAGUACAAUAACCAAACAACAAUAACUAAAUAUUUAUUGAAAUAAUGUAGAUCUUCUAAACAUUUUGAGAAAUAAAAUCAUUAAUUACACCUCCAAGAUCAAGAAUUUUAUUUUAACUCAUUUCUAAUACAUAAAAAUAUUUUGUUGAAGCUACAAUAUUUAACAAUAUCUAUAGAAUAUAAAUAUGAGAAAAAAAUACAAAGUUUUAACAAACUCAAGAACUUCACCAAUCAACUUUAAUGGUAACACAUUUAUAGUAUUUUCUAAUGACUUUGAAAUUAAUAAAUAUUAAGUUAUAAUUAAUGGGGGAUUAUUUUUAAAAUUUGAGGCCCACUUAUUUGUGAAUCCUAAGCCUUUGGCCCUUCAUUCCCUGCCCCUUAAUUAUUUGUGAGUUUUAAGAAAUAAUAAACUUAAUUUAGUUGUGAGUUUUAAGAUAUAAUAAGCUCAUUCAUUAGCUGGCAUAAUUAAAUGUUUUGAGUAAUAUGAACUAAAGGGCUUUAUGUCAAUAAGAGUUCAAUUAUGUUAUUAAUAGAAGGCUUGAGAGUUAAAGAAUAAAAAAGAUCUGAGCUGGUAUAAGAACAAGACAAGAUGUAUAACUAAGAUAGAGAGAUUAAAGCAUAAAACAAAGAUUUAUUGAAGCCGAAUGUAGUUAGCUCCAAUGCAAUGAAUAAAAACAAAGCUGCCAACAACAAAUCUUGGUUGUCGAUGGGAUACCUAUCAUGCCGAUUUCCAAACAACAAUGCUCGUCUCAUUGCGACAAUUGAUGAAAACAAGAAUCAGAGGGGGCAGCAUAUAUGAAGUAUAUACAACCUAAGAACAAGAAACACAACGAAGCCCGGUUUGAGAGAAGGAGGUAUGGGAAGCUACUUCGUUUCUCUAGCUAUAGCCCUAGCCCUAGCUGUCGUUCAAGCAGCCGUGGUGGCUGAUGCUGAACAUAUGAAGAGUGGUCUUCUUUGCAGCCAAUGCAAAGCAUGUGACACGGAUAAGUGCCCGCCUAGUGAUGCAUACCCUCACAUGACUGCUUUUGACGACUCCCUAAUUGCUGGUGCGUUGCAGUCCGACCAUAUCGAGUACGGAGAUAGGGGUGUCUACUCUGUGCCUAAUGUUAAAGGUGGCGUGUCGGCUAAGAACAACUCCUAUUUUGGCUGGGAAUCCACCUCUGGUUCAGCUUCUGGCUUUCAUAGAUUCAGGAACUACAUGGAUAAAUGCUCUGACGAGAGCUAUCUUUCAGCAGACAAGCACGGCAGAGUAAAACUUCGAGCGUUAAAGAAACUGAGUAAUCUAUCACAAGCAGACUGGAAAUCAGUCAAUCCACCCAAGAACCUGAACCACCGCGAGUUCAGAUUCUGGGUUUCUCAUAGCACCGGGAAAUGCCUAACGGUUUUGAAGGGGAAGACAGAGAAACGUACCUUAGGAGUUGCUGAUUGUGCAUUUGAUGGGACCAACCCGUUUCAGCUGUUUGCCUUCCGCUUCCACUACCACAAGGCUUUCUGCUGCUGCGGAAAGUACAAUGAGUGAUUGCUGAACAUGUAAUGAUGAGAUUUUACUACCUUGUUCGACAAAAUAAAUUUCGAGAGAUGAAUGCAGAUCAACUCUAGCACCAUCACCUUUUCAUAUUAAUGUAAAUUCAAAAGUUCCAUUUCAA